AUGGCUUUGAAGCAAAUGAACGACCAUCACAGAAGCCACCAUGACCACAAACAUCUCUUCCCAGACUCCCAACGGUUCCUAAAUCCCGACAACGAGUCCUGUGUGGAUCCGAAGGCGCUUCAGAGCCUUUUGGCGGUUCUCUACUCUAUAAUCUUCAUCCUGGGACUCGUUGGGAAUCUCGUGGCUUUAUGGGUCUUCUUCUGCGUUAGCUCAAGAAGAAACUCUGUGCGGGUGUUCCUCAUAAACGUUGCGUUCGCUGAUCUGUUGCUGGUUGUGUGUUUGCCGUUCAGAAUCUUUUAUCACAGCCGAGGGAACGAGUGGACGCUUGGACCCACGCUGUGUAAAGUAGUAGGGAAUUUUUUCUAUAUGAACAUGUAUAUAAGCGUCACUUUGCUGGGUCUGAUCAGCGUGGAUCGGUACCUGAAGAUCCACAGAGGGACGGGGGUGCAGUACCGGCUGCGGUCCACCAGGGGGAGCUGGUUUCUGUGUGCGGGGGUUUGGAUCAUCGCCUUCACUUUCACCACGGUGCUCAUGGUGUCGAAAAACCACUCUGAGCAAGACAGAUGUUUCCACUACAAGCUCCUUCACAACGCGAAGUGGAAAGCCUACAUCAACAUCUGCAUGCUGGUUCUCUUCUGGCUGGUCUUUGUCUCUCUGGUGGUUUCUUACGCCAAGAUCGCCCUCAAACUCCAAAGGAGAUCAAAGGAGAAACCAGACCUUCCCAACGCCGCCCGAUACAAACGCACCGCCAGGAAGUCCUUCUUCAUCCUCUUCCUCUUCAUCGUCUGCUUCGUCCCAUAUCACAUCGUCCGGGUUUUCUACAUAAAAACGCAGAUCACAGAUACGGCGUGUAUCUGGAGGGACGUGGCAGAUAAAGCUAACGAGGUGGCAUUGCUUUUCUCGGCCCUGAACAGCUGCCUGGACCCCGUCAUGUACUUCCUGUUGUCUUCGUCUGUGAGGAAGGAGGUUCUGCGCCUGGUGAGCAGCGUGUUCUGUGUGCGAGAUGCUAAUGGGGUUAGCGGUAGCAGCUCCACGGUGGAGAACUUUAGGUCAGAGAGAGGACAGGCGAACAUAAAAUUAAGCAGCCAAUUAAAGGAGGAGACAACCCAGUGAUGACGUAUUAAAGUAGACCAAGUUAGCAUCCAGGGGGCUGCCUCAAUACAUAAACAAGCUAAAGGUGGCUAAUGUUAGGCUAUAGAGCACAUGUGUCAAACUCAAGGCCCGGGGG